AUGAGCUGUGCGAUUCGCGACAGCUUCCCGGCCCGCCCACUUCCCGCGGCCGAGUCCGGCGCGAUCAGCGCUGUGUUGCCGGGGCGAGCCACGCCGGGCGAAAUUCAAAACAACGAUAAAUCAGCGACGGGACAAAUAAAGGACCAAGGUAAGCUCCGGUUGUGGGCCGGCCAGGAGCGGACGGGCGAGCGGGCGCCGGGCCACUUCCGGCGGACGGACGGAUGGUCGCGAAGGGCUACGGAUGAUUCCGAGCCGGUGGACGUGUUCACUUUGGGACUU